GGUAACUUCCGGUGAGGGAUCAGCGGCUCCAGGCUCUUUCUGCGGUGGAGAAGUUUUCAGCCGCAGCUGCAGUCAAGAUGGGAUCAAGUUUCAGGGACUGUCAGGCGUGGAAAGACGAGGCGCUCCCCCUGACCACCAGCAGCAACGAGGCGUGCAAACUGUAUGACGCCAUUCUCACGCAGUAUGUGAAAUGGAGGAACGACGACACGCUGGGAGGAAUAGAAGGAUGCAUGUCUGCUAUCCAGACAGCGGACCCUAACUUUGUUAUGGGUCACGUGAUCAGCACCGGGCUGGAGCUGGUGGCCACCACCAGCAGCCCGCGGCUGGACGGGCGUCUGGCCGGCGCCGUGAAGCGAACGGUGGAGCUCGCCAGCAGCCAGGACAUCUCUCCCCGGGAGAAGCUCCACGUCAAAGCAGUGGAGCUCUUCUCACACGGGAAUUUUCCCAAAGCCUGCGAGGUCUGGGAAGAUAUUCUGCUGGAUCAUCCCACCGACAUGCUGGCCCUUAAGUUUGCACACGACUCCUACUUCUACAUGGGGGCCCAGGUGCCGAUGAGGGACUCUGUGGCCCGGGUGCUGCCCCACUGGAAGCCUCACAUGCCUCUGUUCAGCUAUCUGAAAGGACAAUACUCCUUUGGCCUCCUUGAGACUCGUUUCUAUGACCAGGCUCUGAAAGUGGCCCUGGAGGGCCUCACCUUGACCCCCGACGAUGCCUGGUCCGUCCACUCUGUGGCCCACGUCUAUGAGAUGAAGGCAGAGGUGGACAAAGGCCUGAAGUUCAUGGAGAGCAGAGAGAAAGACUGGCAGAGAUCUGACAUGCUGGCCAGUCACAACUACUGGCACUGGGCGUUAUACUUCAUCGAGGGGGAGCAAUACGAAGCCGCUCUGGAGAUCUACGACUCCCAGGUAUUCAAACGUUGUAAAGCCUCAGGCGCCAUGCUCGACAUCGUAGACGCCUGCUCCAUGCUCUACAGACUGGAGAUGGAAGGCGUGAGCGUGAAGGACCGCUGGCGGGAGCUGCUCCAGGUAACCCGGCCUCACACCGACGAUCACGUCACACUCUUCAACGACCUCCACUUCCUCAUGGUGUCGCUGGGAGCCAACGAGACGGCGGCCAGUCGGCGUCUGCUGGAGGGCCUCCAGGACCUGGCCAAGGAACCCGGCGACAAUCAUCAGCAUCAGCUGGCUCAGCGUCUCGGCAUACCGAUGUGUAACGCCAUGACGGAGUACCAGCAGGGCAACUACAGCCAGGCUGUGGCGCUGUUGUACCCUUUGCGUUACAACAUGGUGGACAUCGGUGGCAGCGACGCACAGAGAGAUCUGUUCAAUCAGCUGCUUGUUCACGCAGCCAUGAAGUCCGACAAUAAGAAACACCAAAAGCUGGCAAGAUGUCUGCUGGUGGAGCGGGAUGCUGUGAGGCCAAACUCCCCCCUGACCCUCCGUCUGAUGCAGAAAGCUCUGGCUCUUCACGACUAGAGUGAUUGCAGCGUGCGCGGGCGGGUCCCACGUGGAAACAUCAAAGCGCCGCUCUAAUCGCAUCUUCUGUUGUUUGGGUUUAGGAGACAUCAAACCCACAGGAAGGAUCCCGACACCGUUAACCAGAUAAUCUUUCCAUUCCUUGGGUGGCUCGUAGCAAAGUUAAUGUGAAAUUAUGAAGAAAUUGUUUGACAAAAUCUGUUGAGAAUAUUAUGCACCUUUAUUAGCAAAUGUAUCACAUUUCAAUAUACAGCUUACUGUUGGUAAAAAGAAAAAUCAACCAAUAAAUACAUAAUUUGCACCAUG